CCCAACCCGCUUGAAUUUCUGCCCACCCCUCGUUCCUUGCUUGGUGGCUGGGGCAGCAGCAGCGGCGGCGGCGGCGGCGGCAGCAGCAUGGCGAGUCCACCGGAGGGGGACGGCUGCUUCUCUGAUGUGCGGAAGGUGGGCUACCUCCGCAAACCCAAGAGCAUGCACAAACGCUUCUUCGUCCUGCGGGCAGCCAGUGAGGCCGGGGGUCCAGCCCGCCUGGAGUACUACGAGAACGAAAAGAAGUGGAGGCACAAAUCGGGUGCCCCCAAGCGCUCUAUCCCGCUGGAGAGCUGCUUCAACAUCAACAAGCGGGCUGACUCCAAGAACAAACACCUGGUAGCCCUCUACACCCGGGAUGAGCAUUUUGCCAUUGCCGCGGACAGCGAGUCGGAGCAGGAGAGCUGGUACCAGGCGCUCCUGCAGCUCCACAACCGGGCCAAGGGGCAUCACUUGCACCAUUCCCACCACGAGGCUGCAGCUUUUGGAGUGGGAGGGGGAGGAGGAGGAGGGAGCUGCAGCGGCAGCUCUGGCCUGGGAGAAGCGGGUGAGGACAGUAGCUAUGGCGAAAUGGCCCCAGGACCUGCAUUCAAGGAGGUUUGGCAAGUGAUCCUGAAGCCUAAGGGCUUGGGGCAGACAAAGAACCUGAUUGGUAUCUACCGGCUCUGCUUGACCAGUAAGACCAUCAGCUUUGUGAAGCUCAACUCUGAGGCAGCCGCAGUGGUCCUCCAAUUGAUGAACAUUCGCAGGUGUGGCCACUCGGAAAACUUCUUUUUUAUUGAGGUGGGGCGCUCUGCAGUGACUGGGCCUGGGGAGUUCUGGAUGCAAGUGGAUGACUCUGUAGUUGCCCAGAAUAUGCAUGAGACUAUCCUGGAAGCCAUGCGGGCCAUGAGUGAGGAGUUCCGGCCUCGGAGCAAGAGCCAGUCGUCCUCUAACUGCUCCAACCCCAUCAGCGUGCCUCUGCGCAGGCAUCACCUCAAUAACCCCCCACCCAGCCAGGUGGGGCUCACUCGGAGAUCCCGGACUGAGAGUGUCACUGCCACAUCCCCCGCUAGUGUGGUUGGUGGGAAGCCCUGCUCUUUCCGAGUCCGGGCUUCUAGUGAUGGAGAAGGCACUAUGUCCCGGCCAGCUUCAGUGGACGGGAGCCCUGUGAGUCCCAGUACCAACCGGACCCAUUCACACCGGCAUCGGGGCAGCUCCCGGUUGCAUCCCCCCCUCAACCACAGCCGCUCCAUCCCAAUGCCCUCCUCCCGAUGUUCCCCUUCGGCCACGAGUCCAGUCAGUUUGUCAUCCAGCAGCACCAGUGGCCAUGGGUCAACUUCAGACUGCCUCUUCCCUAGGAGGUCCAGUGCCUCCGUGUCUGGCUCCCCCAGUGAUGGGGGCUUCAUCUCUUCCGAUGAAUAUGGUUCCAGCCCUUGUGACUUCCGAAGUUCUUUCCGGAGUGUCACCCCCGAUUCCCUGGGUCAUACCCCACCAGCUAGGGGUGAGGAAGACCUGAGCAACUAUAUCUGCAUGGGAGGCAAAAACACACCUAACUUGACGGCUCCCAAUGGCCACUAUAACCUCUCCAGGGGUGGUAAUGGGCACCGGUAUACCCCAGGAGCUGGCCCCAGCCCUGCUACAGUUGGAGAGGAGGCAGCCACUGCUGCAGACCUGGAGAAAAGUUUCAGAAAGAGAACUCACUCAGCAGGUACUUCUCCCACCAUUUCCCACCAGAAGACCCCCUCUCAGUCCUCAGUUGCCUCCAUUGAGGAGUACACAGAGAUGAUGCCUUCCUACCCACCCUGUUCUUCAGCAGGCACCGGGAACCGAAUGCAAGCCUACCGGCACUCAGCCUUUGUGCCCACCCAUUCCUAUCCAGAGGAGUGUCUGGAAAUCCACCCCUUAGAGGAGCGAGGUGGCCACCAUCACCGGGGGGACACUUCGGGGCUACACACCGAUGAUGGCUACAUGCCCAUGUCUCCUGGUGUGGCCCCAGUGCCCAGCAGCCGAAAGAGCGGAGGAGAUUACAUGCCCAUGAGCCCCAAGAGCGUGUCUGCCCCGCAGCAGAUCAUUAACCCUGGCCGAAGGCAUUCCCAGAGGGUAGAUCCCAAUGGCUACAUGAUGAUGUCCCCCAGUGGCAGCUGUUCCCCCGAUGGCACAGGGGGGUCCAGCAAUGGCAAUGCGGUUACCCCUGGGAACAGCUAUGGCAAGUUAUGGACAAAUGGGGUGGGUGGCCACCAUCACCAUGGUCACCCCAAGCUCUCCAUGGAGAGCAGUGACGGGAAGCUGCCCUGCAGCAGCGACUACAUCAACAUGUCCCCAGCGGGGGAUUCGGCCACCAGCAGCCCCUCUGAGGGCUACUAUGGCCCCGAUGACCCUCAGGGCAAGGCCAUCUACUCCUACUACUCACUGCCUCGCUCCUUCAAGCACACCCAGCAGCAGCGUCGAGGAGAGCCCGAAGAUGGCGGCCGGCUCCACCACCUGCGCCUCUCCGCCAGCUCGGGCCGCCUUCUCUACGCCACAGCCGCAGAGGACUCGUCUUCUUCUGCCAGCAGUGACAGCCUGGGAGGAGGUGGAGGUGGGCAGGAAGGGGCUCAUGGCCAUCUCCACCAUCAAGCCCUGCACCAGCACCUGCCUCGAAAGAUGGAUCUAGUUGCCCAGACCAAGAACCGCCUGACUCGGCCCACCAGACUGUCUCUGGAUGGCCCCAAGGCCAGCACCUUACCCAGGGCCCGGGAGCAGCCCCAGCAGUCUCUUCUUCCCCCAGAGCCCAAGAGCCCAGGAGAAUAUGUGAAUAUUGAGUUUGUGGGUGACCAGCCGGGCUACCCUCAUGGCUCAGCCAUCUCCCUCUGCUCUCCCACCGUCAGGUGCCCAGCCCCACGCCAGCCAGCCUCCAGAGAGGAGGAUGCUGGCUCUGAGGAAUAUAUGAACAUGGACUUGAGGCCUCCCAGGAGGCCGGCCUGCCAGGAAAGCUUUGGGACAAAGGCGGGAAGAGCCUGUCCCCUGCCCACCGGGGUGGGUGGUGUGUGUAGGCCCAGCCGGGCACUGCCAAACAGCCAGGAUUACGUGACCAUGCAGGUGGGUGGGCCCUGCCCAGGCUGUGCCGAUGCCUCCCUCAGCUAUGUGGUGAUGCAGACAAGCAGGGCUUCUGAGGAGCCCAGUGUCCCAGGUGUUGCACCCGCUGCCCCUUCCCAAGCUUAUACAGCCCCCAUCCCCUCCCUCCCCCAGCACCCAGGACAGGCAGAGCUGGCCAGCCGUCCCUCCCUGCUAGGAGGUCCAAAGGGACCUGGAGGGAUUAGCGCCUUCACCCGAGUGAACCUCAGCCCCAGCCGCAACCAGAGUGCCAAAGUGAUCCGGGCUGACCCCCAAGGGUGCCGGAGGCGGCACAGCUCUGAGACCUUUUCCUCUACCCCCAGUGCUGCCCGGGGCAGUAAUGUUGUUGUGCCCUUUGGGGCAGCUGGCACAGGUGGCUCUGGGGCCAGUGGCAGCAGCAGCAGCAGCGAAGAUGUUAAACGCCACAGUUCUGCCUCCUUUGAAAAUGUCUGGCUAAAGCCUGGGGAUGUAGGGGGCCCACCCAGCAGGAAGGAGACACCCCAGAUGAGUGGGGGUGCCCCCGCGGGAGCAGCGGCAGGUUUGGAGAACGGACUCAACUACAUCGACUUGGAUUUGGUCAAGGAUUUUAAUCACCGGCCCCAGGAGUGCCCCACUCUGCUGCAGCCUCCUCAUCAGCCCUGUGGCAAUGGUGGGGGCAGCGGCAGCGGCUGUUCCAGUGAGGAUCUAAGCGCCUAUGCUAGCAUCAGCUUUCAGAAGCAGCCAGAGGACCUUCCGUAGCUCCUCCUGAAAAAAUCACAGCAGAAUGAUGACCUACACAACCUCAGCAAAUCCUUCUUAACUCAUGGGUAUUCAGACGCCAAGUGUUUCAUGUCUCACAACUAGGACCUCACAUCCUCCUCCUCCUCCUCGGUAGAUGGUACGAUACACCCAGUUUAGUUUGUUUACUUAACACAAACCUCAGGAGUCCGUUGACUGAACUGCACAUUCUCUGUUGUGCCAAGCAGAAAAGCACUGUGACAUCAGGACAAGCUUCAUCAGCGACCGCAAGGACUUAGCUGGCCACAUGGAACUGAUGUGCCCACCACUAUGUCAUAUGAGACUGGGUUUACUCUUAGCACAUUUACACAGUACGCUAAAUUUCAUUUGCUGCUGAAAAACCUGUAUGACAGAUCAUCAUUGUAAAUUAUUACAUACCAAACUGUUAAUGUUGGUUGGAGAGUAUUAAAUAUUUAACAUAGGUUUUGAUUUAUAUAUGUAAUUUUUUUUAAUUAAAAUGUAACUUUUUUUUCCUACAGCACAUCUUUUUUUGGGGGGGGGUGUGGAACUGAGGUACAUUAUGUUCUGUUGUAAACAGAGUGGGGGAACUGCUUAAAACAAGGCUAAUGAGAAUAGAGUAGGGUACUAUUCUUGUUUGAAGAUUGUAAUUCAGAAAAUAAUAUAAUAUUAUUCCUAGGUCCGCAGAUGACCCUUGAUUGUACAGCUAUAUUUACUGAUAAUAUCUCUUGUAACAUAAACCUGAUGUUGAUCUGAGUUCCUUACAAUGAAAUCAUAAUUUUAUACUUCUCUUAUAAGAUAGUAGUAGGCCGUGUUAACUAAACUGAAGACAAAUUUUCUAUACCUGCUCUUUGUAGCCAUCAGCUUGAACUUGGCUAGUGAACAGAAACAAAAAUAGGACAAAAAAAAAGAAAUCAAAGUCUUCCAUUGUAUAUAUUGUAAAAAAAAAAAAAAAGAAAAGAAAAAAGAAGAUGAAAAAAGAAACAUGGGUGAUCCCUUUAAAUCCAAAUCUCUCCUUGGAAUGAACAAUGUGGGUGUUUGUAAAUUCUGGAAAUCUCUUUCUAUGCGUAAUAAACUAGAUGCUGUUUA